AUGACCGAUAUAAACCCCGACCUCGACCGUCCCGAAUCACAGGGUUACCGCGCCUCCCCAGUCCCCCCAAGUCCACGUCCAUCAGUAGCCAGCCGAGCGAGCGGGUCCAGCCUUCGACGUGAUCAGGAGCGCCAGGAUGCCAUAGCACCCCACAUCAGACCGACGUCUGUGACUUAUUCCCGACCCGAGACUCCCCAGAAACUCGCCGCGCAGCCUGUUGAUGGACCUCCAGUACAACCUUCACAACAAGCGCAACAACAGAAGCACCACCCACAGCAACCACAACCCUUCGCACCCGUCUUCGCUCUCCUUGACUCGGUCUCGCAUUCAUCGAAGCGGCAAACCGUCCAUUACCCAACAGUUCACUAUAUCUUCGCCGACGACGACCCCGGUAUCCUUUCUGCCGCGCUCGCACGACAUCACAACGGUAGUAACAGUAGUGGCGGUGGAGGCGGCGGCAGUAGGCCCGCUGACCGAGGUGUGAUCCUCGAUAUGGAACCAAGCCCCGACGGCUUAGGGUACGAGGUAAAGUGGGCGAGUAGCCUGACGCCAGAUUGGGCUGUCACGUCGGCUCAGGUUAGCCAGAUAGAAGGCGAUGCCGGCGGUGGAGGCCGUGGCGGCGUUGGGGUGACGGGGCUAGGGGGGAACCUUGUGCUUAGAGUUGAAGGUGUAAGCCUGGAGCCUGAAUCGUCCUCUGGUUUGCCAGUCAAGGCGUCAACGUCGGAGGUGGAUCUGCAGGGUUUCGGCGUGAGCUUGAGGCGAGAGCUACAGCAACACCGGGACGGGGCAACGCCCGGAGGGUACACGGGUUUGCUGAAUGAAUUUGAGAAGGGCAUGUCGACGCUGCGGAAAGUAGUUGAAGCGGCUACAGCUAGGCAGCGAGUGUUGGGCGAUGGCGAUGGGCAGUUUUUGGAGGGUACGAAGAGAGGGACGGUACACCGUCCUCCAGCCGAGAGUGAGGCUGAAGGCGGGAGACUGAGGGAUGGAAGGCUUGAAGGGGUGUAA